UUCACUGUGCAGGGAAGCGUCUCCGCUUUGAAUUAAUCAAAAUGUCCAGAAAUUACAGACUCCUGGUGAAGAACGCCAAGCAGCUGGUUCUGAUCUGCAGCAGCGGAGAGAAGUACCUGACCAAACAUGGGAUGCAAAAUCUGUGUGUGAUUGAAAAUGGGAGCGUGGUGAUUGGGAGAGACGGGCUGAUUAAAGCUGUGGGGCCUGCAGAGAUGAUCAGCGCUCAGUAUCCAGAGACGUCUUUCGAUAAAGUGAUAGAUGCUACAGGAAUGUGUGUCCUGCCUGGUUUGGUGGACGCUCACACUCAUCCAGUCUGGGCCGGUGACAGGGUGCAUGAAUUUGCAAUGAAGCUGGCAGGUGCCACCUACAUGGACGUGCACCGGGCCGGGGGAGGGAUCCACUUCACGGUGGAGCACACUCGAGCUGCGGGCUCCUCCGAGCUGCUGGCCUCCCUCGGCAGCAGGCUGCUCCGGAUGCAGCGAGCGGGUACGACCCUGGUGGAGUGCAAGAGCGGCUACGGGCUGGAGCUGCAGACCGAGCUCAAGAUGCUGGAGGUGAUCGAGGAGGCCAGACGCUCCCUGCCCAUCAACAUCUCCUCCACCUACUGUGGAGCUCACGCUGUGCCAAAAGGGAAGACAGUCGCAGAGGCCACGAAGGACAUCCUGCAGGUCCAGCUGCCUCGGCUGAAGGAGAAGAUGUCCUCUGGGACUCUGAGAGUGGACAACAUCGACGUCUUCUGUGAGCAGGGAGUGUUUGACCUCGGCUCC